GCGCUUUUCCUUUACAUGCGGCGCUGUGUGGAGAGCUGCAGACAGCAAUGGCCCCGCGGGUCUGGCGUCGACGAGCCCUGGAGCGGUGUCUGAAGGAGGUUGGUAAAGCCACCGGCCGGCCAGAGUGCUUCCUCACGAUUCAAGAUGAAUUGGCAUCAAAGUUCACUUCAUUAACAAAAGUACUUUAUGAUUUUAACAAAACACUAGAGAAUGGCAGAAUCCACGGAAGUCCUUUAAAAAAAUUGGUGAUAGAGAAUUUUGAUGAUGAGCAGAUUUGGCAACAACUAGAAUUGCAAAAUGAACCAAUUUUACAAUACUUCCAGGAUGCAGUUAGUAAAACCAUUAAAGACGAAGACAUCAGUCUUUUUCCAGAGAAUGAAGAGCAGGAGUGUGAAGAGGAUAGCUCAGAGGUGGAGGCUGAUGGCCAGGAGGCCCUCGAACAAGAUUUGGAGGAGGAGGAAGUGGCCGACCUGAGUGGUGAUGAUCCUACAGGGGAUGAGAAAACGAAAAACUCAAGCACAGUUGAUCUGAGGAAAAGUCCAGUUUUCAGUGAUGAAGAUUCUGAUCUUGAUUUUGAUAUCAGCAAAUUGGAGGAGCAAAGCAAGGUGCAAGACAAAGUGCCUAGGAAACCAAGAGAGAAGUCCAUAGUAGAUGAUAAAUUUUUCAAACUAUCUGAAAUGGAGACCUUUUUAGAAAACAUGGAAAAAGAAGAGGAACAAAAAGGUGAUGAGGAGGAAGAUAUUGAUUUUUUUGAAGAUGUCAAUUCUGAUGAAGAUGAAGGAGAACUGCUUGGAAGUCAAAAACCUAAGUCAGGUAAAAGUUCCAGAAACCUGAAAUACAAAGACUUCUUUGAUCCAGUUGAAAGUGAUGAAGAUCUAGCAAGUGUUCAUGAUGAUGAACUGGAUCCAAAGGAAGAAGACAAAGAAAUUGCUGAAGAAGAAGAAGAAGAAGAAAGCAUUUCUGAAACGGAUGAAGAUGAUGACUUUGAAGAAAGUGAAGACAGUAAACAACAUAAAGAAACCUCAAAAAGAGUGACCUUUGCUUUGCCAGAUGAUGAGGAAAAUGAGGAUAAAAAUAUCUUAAAUGUACAGAAGGAUUCUGAUGAAGUUAAAUCCUCUUUUGAGAAAAGACAGGAAAAGAUGAAUGAAAAAAUUGCAUCUUUAGAAAAAGAGCUGUUGGAAAAAAAACCUUGGCAGCUUCAAGGGGAAGUGACAGCUCAAAAACGACCAGAGAACAGCCUUCUAGAAGAGACUCUGCACUUUGACCAUGCAGUCCGCAUGGCUCCUGUGAUUACAGAGGAAACCACCCUUCAACUGGAAGAUAUCAUUAAGCAGAGGAUAAGAGAUCAGGCUUGGGAUGAUGUAGUACGUAAAGAAAAACCUAAGGAGGAUGCAUAUGAAUAUAAAAAACGUUUAACGUUAGACCAUGAGAAGAGCAAAUUGAGUCUUGCUGAAAUUUAUGAACAGGAAUACAUCAAACUCAACCAGCAAAAAACAGCAGAAGAAGAAAAUCCAGAGCACAAAGAAAUUCAGAAGAUGAUGGAUUCCCUCUUCUUAAAAUUGGAUGCCCUCUCGAACUUUCACUUCAUCCCUAAACCGCCUGUUCCAGAGAUUAAGGUUGUGUCAAAUCUGCCGGCCAUAACCAUGGAGGAGGUAGCCCCAGUGAGCGUUAGUGACGCAGCUCUCCUGGCCCCAGAGGAAGUCAAGGAAAAAAAUAAAGCUGGAGAUGUAAAAACAGCUGCUGAGAAAACAGCUACAGACAAGAAACGAGAACGGAGGAAAAAGAAGUAUCAGAAGCGUAUGAAACUAAAGGAGAAGGAAAAGCGGAGAAAACUGCUUGAAAAGAACAACCCAGAUCAAGCCGGGAAAUACACGAAGGCAGCAGCUUCAGAGAAAUUAAAACAGCUGACCAAAGCAGGCAAAGCUUCGCUAUUAAAGGUAAGGAUGCAGGAAGGAAAACUGCAGAACGGGGCCUGUGUGGGGAAACUGGUGGCAAGGUGACAUCAAUCCACGGAGGGUCAGACCCAGCUGACGCUACCCACCUGCCUAGUGAGAGGCCGUGGGUGCCUGGCUGGAAUAACAGCCCAAAGCACAUGGCCCUCCCAGACGUGGGGCCUGGCAGGAGUUUUUCUUCCUACUCACUCCUCCUUUAAGUCACAAGAAUAUCACAGCAGCAUAAAAUGUAUAUAAAACCUCUGUGCAAACUGAUGUGAGUUUUCAUAAUUCCUUGUCCAUUUAUGGAUAUUUAUAUUUCCAUAUA